GAAAAGGUCAAUGUAGCACUGAAUUAAGUUAGGAGCGUCUUUGAUACACUUCACUGUGUGCGCUUGGGAAUGGGCAAUUGGCAAUUGCUCUGUUUGUUCCUCUUUUUUUCUUUUUUAAUAGCUAUUUGAACUAGGAAUCUUUGUCUAGUGGUGGCUCAUACUCAAUUCUCUCUCUUUUUCUAAUUCUUUGUGUGUCAAUGGAAGGUGGACUUCCCAUGCUUAACUGUCUCUUGCAGCAGACACUGAGAAGCCUAUGUUCAACUUCUGAUUCCUCUAAUUCCUCAAAGUGGGUGUAUGCUGUCUUUUGGAGGAUAUUGCCUCGUAAUUACCCACCUCCGAAGUGGGAUUAUGGAGGAAGUGCUCUUGAUCGUUCAAAAGGCAAUAAAAGAAAUUGGAUUCUUGUAUGGGAAGAUGGGUUCUGUGAUUUCUAUGAAUGUGAGCGUGCGGGAUGUGGCUACAUAAAGGGAAGGUUUGGAGUUGAUGUCUUCUUCAAAAUGUCUCAUGAGGUUUAUAACUACGGAGAAGGAUUAGUGGGGAAAAUUGCAGCAGAUAACAGUCACAAAUGGGUUUAUACAGAAGCCAUAAAAGAACAUGAUCCUAGCUUCGUCUCCUCCUGGAAUGCGUCUAUUGAGCCUCAACCAAAGGCUUGGGAAAUUCAGUUUAAUUCCGGCAUCCAGACAAUUGCCGUUAUUUCUGUGAGAGAAGGCAUUAUUCAACUGGGUUCAUUUGAUAAGGUUUUGGAAGAUCUCAGCCUGGUUAUCAACGUACAGAGGAAAUUCAGCUAUCUACAGAGCAUUCCAGGUGUCUUCGCCAUACAAAGGCCAUACCUACCUAUCCAUUUUCCAUACAUCAUCAAACCCAAUACUCAGAUGAGUGAAAGCCAGGAAACGGCUUUCUUAGCUGAUGAAAAGCAGCAGCUAUCCGGAGCAAAAAGAUUGUUCAAUGAAAUUCCUCAAGAUUUCCCAAUUAAGUCAAUGAACUUUGGGUGGAACAGCCCUCAAAAUGGCAUUGCUGGAGCUCCUAUUUGGUCAAUACCUCCUCUUUUGCCUACCAUGUCUUGCAGUCUUGGAGCUCUGCUAUCCAAGUUACCUUCUGUGUUCCCAUCCAAUAACAUCAAUGAAUCUCCUGCCACAGCCCUCAUCAACAACCGCAACAGCAUUAGUGCUAUGUGUCAGAAAGUUAAGGUUGAUAACAGUGCUGUAUUAAGUGAACUCCAAGUUGCUGAUAGAAAAGUAGAGUCCUCAUGUCAAAUAGAUGGUCAAGAACGGAAGCCGGUAUAUAUAAACACUCAUUUAGAGGUGAAGGAGAUGGUGGAAUUAGGAUUUGAAUCUCUGAGGGAGGGAGAAAGUGCUCUAAACAUAAAUUAAUCAGGAUAAGCAUGCCAAUUUGUAUUAUUUAUGGUCAUGAAGAGAAGGAUUGGCUACUUCCAGGCAUAAUCCUUUUCUUCUGCACCAUUGUGCUUUUCUUAAUGUAAUCUUAGAAUUAUGUAACAUGUUCUUUUUCUUUUGUUUUAUAUUGAAAUAAACUUCAACAUC